GACAUUAAAUGUCUUCACCGCACCGAGCUUCAACAACUCAGCAGCUGGCGGACUUAUCGUUGACGGAAGGUGAACACGAUGAGGGCAAACCGCUUUCUAUUGACUACCUUCAAGGGCACGAAGGCCUGAUCGAGGAAGUAUUAAAAUGGAGUGAACACGAACAGCUCGAUUUUAUGGACAAAAUUGUUCAUCGAUUAUCACAUUAUCAGUUGGGAAAAGUCGACAACUUUAUCAGGCCCAUGCUCCAGAGAGAUUUCAUUAGUAAUUUACCAGCACAUCUUGUCGAAUUAAUUCUGUUUAAUGUAAACUCGGAUUCAUUAAAAUCUUGCGAAGAAGUGAGCACAAGCUGGCGAUGUGCACUCGCCCGUGGUCAACAUUGGAAGAAAUUGAUUGAAAAGAAUGUUCGAAGUGAUUCCCUGUGGUGGGGACUUUCUGAAAAAAGACAAUGGGACAAAUUCCUGAAUAUCAGUCGAGACAUGUCAGUGCGACGAAUCUGUGAAAAAUUCAACUACGAUGUGAAUAUUAAACGGGAUAAGCUUGAUCAGCUCAUUUUAAUGCAUGUCUUCUACAGUAAAUUAUAUCCAAAAAUCAUUCGAGAUAUUCAUAACAUUGACAACAACUGGAAACGUGGAAACUACAAAAUGACUCGAAUAAAUUGUCAAUCAGAAAAUAGCAAAGGAGUAUAUUGCCUUCAAUAUGACGAUGACAAAAUUGUAUCUGGUUUGAGGGACAACACUAUUAAAAUUUGGGAUAGAAAAGACUACAGCUGCAGUCGAAUUCUUUCUGGACAUACUGGUUCCGUUUUAUGCCUUCAAUAUGACAAUCGUGUAAUAAUUUCUGGAUCUUCUGAUGCCACAGUACGUGUCUGGGAUGUCGAAACUGGAGAGUGCAUUAAAACGUUAAUUCAUCAUUGUGAAGCUGUUCUUCAUCUUCGAUUUGCUAAUGGAAUAAUGGUAACAUGCUCAAAAGAUAGAUCGAUUGCUGUCUGGGAUAUGGUUUCGCCACGCGAUAUCACAAUUCGAAGAGUUCUUGUUGGUCAUAGAGCAGCUGUAAAUGUCGUUGAUUUUGAUGAUAGAUAUAUAGUCAGUGCAAGUGGAGACCGAACUAUUAAGGUCUGGUCAAUGGAUACACUCGAGUUUGUUCGAACAUUGGCUGGCCAUCGACGAGGAAUUGCAUGUCUUCAAUAUCGUGGACGGCUCGUUGUUUCUGGAUCCAGUGAUAACACGAUUCGACUAUGGGAUAUUCAUUCUGGUGUAUGCCUACGUGUUCUUGAAGGCCAUGAAGAGCUCGUGCGAUGCAUUCGAUUUGACGAAAAACGAAUUGUCUCCGGAGCAUACGACGGAAAGAUUAAAGUAUGGGAUCUUCAAGCUGCUCUAGAUCCUCGUGCAUUAUCUUCGGAAAUAUGCCUCUGCUCAUUAGUUCAACAUACUGGCAGAGUGUUCCGCCUGCAGUUUGAUGAUUUCCAAAUUGUUUCCUCUUCACAUGAUGACACUAUUCUCAUUUGGGACUUUUUGGACGCUCCACCCAGUGGGCUUCCGUCUUCAACAAACAGAGCCACCCUCCCAGAACUUCCAAACCAAGCUGCUGUCGCUCGAGCUCAAAUGCUUUUUGAAAUGGCUGCUCGACGAGAAAUUGAGCGACGAGAUAGAGAAGUUGUGGAAGAACCUGCACUGAGGCCACGUGCCAAUGCUGCUCGUCGACACAAUGCCGAUAUUGCAGCAGCUGCAGCAGCGGCGGAAGCUGCUAGAGGUGCCGGGGACAAUGAUGAAUCGUCAUCAGAGGAAGAUCUGGACAGAGUUGAUCAGGUUAAUAAUCCGAACGUGGCUGGACCAGCGCCACCGCAACCACACAAUCAGAAUCAUAGAAGGAGGCAACCAAGACCAGAAUUGCCUGUCAGACUUAUGCAAGAAAUGGCUGCUUUUGACAAUAUGCGCCGACAACAAAAUAAUAUGGAUCACCUGGGCGGAGGCGACGUAGACGAAGAGAUGCCAGAUGGUGGCCCAUAAAAUCUACACUCCUUCCCAUUUUUUUUUGAAUUUUUACUGAUCUUCAACCGGUGCAGAAAUCAACCAAACCCUCUGUAAUCUUCCUUGUCAUUUUCCAAAAAAGAAAGUUGAAAUUCCUUUGUACAGUAUCCUUUUGCAUCCCCUUCCCAACUUUUCCUCUCACUAUUAACUGAUCUGAUUUCAUGUGAUAAUAGUGUGUGUGUGUGUCUCUGCAUUCUAUUCAUCUUUUCUCAAUCGACAUAUUGGAAUAUCGCACGCACAACCCCUUUCUUUCUUGUUUUUGUAACCGCAUUCGAGUCCUGGUUUUUCUGAAACUAUUUUUUUAAUACUUCAAUUUUCAAAGUCGCAUGCUUUGCGGGUGCCCAUUCAUCCACUCUCACCAUUUUAUUUUGUUUUUCAUCCCUCUUCCCAUUUCUCAACGGUUUUUCUUCUACGGCGACGAUUCUAAAUGCUUCUAUCCCCCGCUUUCCUCACCCGCACAUUUUCAAUCGCUUCACACAAAUCUGUUUCAAAUAAUCGUUUUCGUUCCUAAUUUUUCUCCCCUUCCAUUGCCUCCAAUUCCAAAUUUCUUUUAUUCGCUCGGAAAAUUGUGUUCUGUAUAGUUCGAAAUGAUAUAAACAAAUUUGGGUUUUGCUACUCCACAAUCUGCCAUUCCAUCUUUUUUUCUAAAUUAGAGUUUCUCAUUAUCAUUCUUCUGUCACUUCCUGUCUUUCCUACGUCAUUGUCACUGACAACUUUGCAGAACCGAUUUGAGCAUUUCUGCAACUUUCUUCUAUUACAUCUCUACGUCCCCAUUCUUAUCACACUAUUUAUUUAGUCAUGUGACAAGAGUGAUAAUGAGAAAAUAAUUAACCUUCCACUGAA